AUGCAGUUUGAAAGUCAAGUUCAAGGUUUUCAACAAGAAAAAUUGAAAUUUGAGGAAAUAACCGAAAUCAACAUGAGCCCAAAUGCUUCAAAAAACUCGACAGAGAAGCUAAAGUGUAGACAUAACUAUCGUUUCUUAAAGGAAACGGUCAGAGAAGCCUAGUCUUAUGGUAACUACCGUCUAAAUAUAAUGUUUAGCAAAAACAUGGGAAAGGUCGAACGGCGUUUCCAAGCACUUGAGGAAGAAACGAGAGAACUUAAAGCACUUUUGGAGAGCCUAGAUGUAAUAGAGCCGAGAAAUGUUGUCAGUAGUGUUCAAGAAGUUGCACUCAAAGAUCUUGCAUUUGUGACAGCUGCAACUCGAGAUCAUUUCGAUGAAGCCUACAAGUGCAUUUUUUAA